GCUGCGCGGGUCCCGGCCAGGUGCCGACGUGCGCGAAUCCACCGCACCAAGGCUCCUGGAGCUCGCAGCCCUCCGCCAUGCCCUCCUACACGGUCACCGUGGCCACCGGCAGCCAGUGGUUCGCUGGCACCGACGACUACAUCUACCUCAGCCUCGUGGGCUCUGCGGGCUGCAGCGAGAAGCACCUGCUGGACAAGCCCUUCUACAACGACUUUGAGCGCGGCGCGGUUGAUUCUUAUGACGUGACAGUGGAUGAAGAACUGGGCGAAAUCCAGCUAGUCAAAAUCGAGAAGCGCAAGUACUGGCUCCAUGACGACUGGUACCUGAAGUACAUCACGCUGAAGACGCCCUGUGGAGAUUACAUUGAGUUCCCUUGCUACCGCUGGAUCACCGGUGAGGGCGAGAUUGUCCUGAGAGAUGGACGCGCAAAGUUGGCCUGCGAUGACCAAAUUCACAUUCUCAAGCAGCACAGACGUAAAGAGCUGGAAACACGGCAAAAACAGUAUCGGUGGAUGGAGUGGAACCCUGGCUUCCCUUUGAGUAUUGAUGCCAAAUGUCACAAGGAUUUACCACGAGACAUCCAGUUUGAUAGUGAGAAGGGCAUGGACUUUGUUCUGAACUACUCCAGAGCGAUGGAGAACCUGUUCAUCAACCGCUUCAUGCACAUGUUCCAGUCUUCCUGGAGCGACUUCGCCGAUUUUGAGAAAAUCUUCGUCAAGAUCAGCAACACUAUUUCUGAGCGGGUCAUGAACCACUGGCAGGAAGACCUCAUGUUUGGCUACCAGUUCCUGAAUGGCUGCAACCCGGUGUUGAUCCAGCGCUGCACGAAGCUGCCCGAGAAGCUCCCUGUGAGCACGGAGAUGGUGGAGUGCAGCUUGGAGCGGCAGCUCACCUUGGAGCAGGAGGUCGAGCAAGGGAACAUCUUCAUCGUGGACUUUGAGCUGCUGGAUGGCAUCAACGCCAACAAAACAGACCCCUGCACCCUGCAGUUCCUGGCAGCGCCCAUCUGCUUGCUGUACAAGAAUCUGGCCAACAAGAUUGUCCCCAUUGCCAUCCAGCUCAACCAAAUCCCAGGAGAUGAAAACCCGAUUUUUCUCCCUUCGGAUGCAAAAUAUGACUGGCUUCUGGCCAAAAUCUGGGUGCGCUCCAGUGACUUCCACGUCCACCAGACCAUCACCCACCUUCUGCGCACACACCUGGUAUCUGAGGUUUUUGGCAUUGCCCUGUACCGCCAGCUGCCCGCUGUGCACCCCAUUUUCAAGCUUCUGGUGGCACACGUGCGGUUCACCAUCGCCAUCAACACCAAGGCCCGCGAGCAGCUCAUCUGCGAGUACGGCCUCUUUGACAAGGCCAACGCCACAGGGGGCGGUGGGCACGUGCAGAUGGUGCAGAGGGCCAUGCAGGACCUGACCUACACCUCCCUGUGCUUCCCUGAGGCCAUCAAAGCUCGGGGAAUGGACAGCACAGAGGACAUUCCCUACUACUUCUACCGGGACGACGGGCUCCUGGUGUGGGAGGCCAUCAAGACGUUCACAGCUGAGGUGGUAGGCAUCUACUACAAGAGUGACCAGGUGGUGGUAGAGGACCAGGAGCUGCAAGACUUCGUGAAGGAUGUGUAUGUGUACGGCAUGCGGGGCAAGAAGACCUCAGGUUUCCCCAAGUCCGUCAAGACCAGAGAGAAGCUGUCAGAGUACCUAACGGUAGUGAUCUUCACAGCCUCAGCCCAGCAUGCAGCGGUGAACUUUGGCCAGUAUGACUGGUGCUCCUGGAUCCCCAAUGCCCCCCCAACCAUGCGGGCCCCCCCACCAACAGCCAAGGGAGUGGUCACCAUCGAGCAGAUCGUGGAUAUGCUGCCAGACCGUGGCCGCUCCUGCUGGCAUCUGGGCGCAGUGUGGGCACUAAGCCAGUUCCAAGAAAAUGAGCUAUUCCUGGGUACGUACCCAGAAGAGCAUUUCACUGAGAAGCCUGUAAAAGAGGCCAUGGCCCGAUUCCGCAAGAACCUUGACACCAUCGUCAGCGUGAUUGCUGAGCGCAACAAGAACAAGAAGCUGCCAUAUUACUACUUGUCCCCAGACCGGAUUCCCAACAGCGUAGCCAUCUAAGUGGCCACCUGAGUCAGUCUCACAUGCACACGGUCAGCUGCUCACAGGCGGGCUCAGCACCCAGACUCCAGGCUGCCCGGGUGGGCGGGCUCACGGGGGCCCCGGGGCAGGACCUCCUGGCAGCUUGCUCUCCUGAGGCUGCCUCGGUUCCUCAGGCCCCAGGCUGACUGGCUUCAA